ACAACAACAUCUUCUUUGUCCUCUCCCCAAUUUCAGGAACAGUGACGCGACUAUUACUGCCAUCAUCGACGGCCCCUGCAGGAACUAUUUCGUCGCUCUCGCACAAGUAAAAAUCAUCGCCAAGAAGUCGUUCGUCUCGGUGUCGCAUCGCGAUGGCGGACAAUCAAUCGCGCGGCGAAGCCGCUUCCUACUUCAACUCGCAGCCUCCGCCGAACCCGUAUGGCCAGCCCUAUCAAUAUGGCCAGUACGGCCAGCCCGGUCCUCAAGGCUCAGCCCCGAACUAUGGUUAUGGCCAGAUCGAAGAGAAGCCCAUGUUCGACCAGGCCUUUCGGGUCGAGCGUCCGAAAUACAACGACCUCUGGGCCGGCAUUGCAUUCCUCAUCGUCUGCGCCGGCUUCGUUGCCGUCUCUGGCAUCUCGAUCAAUGGCUAUGCCUCGAACAGAAGCUUCCAAGGAGGUUCCAUCUACGAUUCUAGGUCGGCUGUCGGGCUCAAUACCAACACGCUCAUCCUCUUUGCCUUCUGCCUCUGCGUCGCCAUCGUCUUUAGCUAUGCAUACGUGUUGCUUGCGCGCCAGUUUCCAAAGCAGUUUAUCUGGAUAACCGGCAUCCUCAACAUCGUCUUUGGGCUCGUGACGGCAAUCUAUAUGCUUUCGCGUCAAUACUACUCGGGCGGCAUCGUCUUUUUGAUUUUUGUCGCCUUCCUCAUCUUCGCCUUCAUAACUUGGAUCCCCCGCAUCCCCUUCAGCGCCCUCAUGCUCAGGACGGCCGUCGACGUUUCCAAGAGUUACGGCCAUGUCUACCUGGUUAGCGCCUUGGGAGGUCUCUGCGCCACCGCGCUCGCCGCUUGGUACUCGGUCACCUUGGUUGCUGUAUACGCCAAGUAUUCUCCCGGGGUAAACCCGGCGUGCGCCCAGGGUGCCGGUGGGUGCAGCAAUGGCAAGGUCAUCGGCCUCAUCGUAUUCAUCACCUUUGCGAUGUAUUGGAUUUCGGAAUGGCUGAAGAACACCAUCCACACCACGAUUUCGGGGGUUUACGGAUCUUGGUACUUCCAUCCGCACAAUCUGCCUAAGGGCGCCACCCGAGGGAGCCUCCGGAGAGCUCUCACGUACAGCUUCGGUUCCAUCUCGCUGGGUUCGUUUUUCGUCGCCGUCAUCAACUUUCUCCGGCAGCUGUGCUCCGUUGCUCGGCAAAGCGAGGCGGCGCAGGGCAACAUCAUCGGCACCGUCAUGUUUUGGAUCCUCGGAUGCCUCAUCUCGCUCCUGGAUUGGGCCGUCCAGUUCCUCAAUCGUUACGCUUUCUCUUACAUCGCCCUGUACGGAAAAUCGUACUUCGCCGCCGCCAAGGAAACCUGGACGAUGAUCAAGGAUCGCGGUAUCGAUGCCCUAAUCAACGAGUGUCUCAUCGGCCCAGUCCUGUCUAUGGGUGCCACAUUUGUCGGCUACGCAACAAGUCUUCUGGCGUUCUUAUACCUGGUGUUUACCCGCCCUGCUUACAACGCCGACGGCUCUUACACACCUGUUGUCGUGGCUUUCGCAUUCCUCAUCGGCCUGCAGAUCUGCAACAUCUUCACGGUGCCGAUAAGCAGCGGCAUCGACACGAUCUUCGUAGCAACAGCGUGGGACCCGCAAGCCUUGAUCCGUAACCAUCCCGAACUCUACCAGUCUAUGGUCCAGGUCUAUCCACAGGUCCAGGUCGCUGUACACGAUUAAGUCCGAUCCUGGGCAACAUUCCACCCCAAGAGAAGCCGCCGAUCCGUC